UCCCCAAAGCUCCGUCAGGUACCUUAGGUUGCUUCCUGUGAUAAAGUUGAUAAGAUAAGAGAUAAGAUAACAACAUGAGAUGAUGGAGAGCUCGAAACCUUCCUCGCGACAAUUCUACCGGCAACAGGAGAGAAGGCGCUGUUCCCAAGGCACAGCGCGGCAAAUCUCCGCGACAACCUGACAAUAUCUUGCGCCCAUGGCUUCCCGUUCGCUAUGGGCGCGCGCACGAGGCAGUUUCCUCGGUGACACCACACUCCGUCUGCUUGGGCUUGCGACCUGGAUUCCGGUCGUGAUUACCUUCAACGACCAUGUUGCAACCAUCACGAGCAUCAGCGGCGGCUCCAUGUACCCCUACUACAACGAGGAUCGCAAUAUGACGACUGCAAAUGAUAUGGUGCUCAAUUGGAGGUGGAAACCCUCCUACGGGCUCCAGAGAGGCAUGAUUGUCACAUUUAGGAGCCCUUUUCAUCCCGAGACCGUAGCGAUCAAGAGAGUCGUCGCGCUGGAAGGCGAAUAUGUCACGACGAGAGCACCGUAUCCGGAGAGAGUGGUCAGGGUGCCGCAGGGCCAUAUUUGGGUGGAGGGGGAUGGGCCACAGGAUCAGACGCUGGACAGUAAUACGUACGGCCCGAUAUCCAUGGCGCUGGUGACAGGGAAAUGCAUAUGGAAUAUCUGGCCUUGGCGCAAGUUUGGGCGCGUGAAAUGGGAAGAACACAAAUUCAAGGAUAGAUACUGAAGCGCGAAUGGCUUCGUGUAUGAAUAAGCAUGUGGGCGGGAUAUGUAGAAAGUCCCGGAUUCGGGAUACAGGGUCUUUGAAAGUUUAUGUAUACCAUGAGGUACUAGUCAAUGACUGGGUACUUUCAACUUCAACUCCCAUUUGAGUACUCCAGAUUGUUUUCAAUGACGAUUGGAAUAUCUGGUUUCUUAGGUGCGGGCAAUUCAAAAUCCCGCCCAUAUUCGAAGCGGCG